AUGGGAGAAUGGGGAAACAAGGGAGCAGACGUGGAGGUAGGAGGGCAGGGCCGAGGGAAGAGAAGCGUGACCGGAAGGGCGAGAGAGGAGAGGAAGAAAAAAGGGAGGAGGGCGGGGCACCCCCGCACCCCGGGGCGUGGGGGGGGCGCAAGGGCGGGGAGAGCCGAGGGGGGAAACAAAAGGCCAUGGGCCACCGGGGCCGGGGCCGUGGCGGGGGCGUCGGGGCGUGCGGGCCAUGGCGGGAGCAGAGCGGCGGAAAAAGGGGGCCCGCCAGGCGAACCCAAAAAGUGGGACAUGAGCGGACCGGGGCACACGCAGGGGCGGCGCCAGUGGAGAGUGGCCCCGGACGACACUGAGAGAAAAAGCGGAAGAGGAGGGCUGGCGCGGCAGGCCAGGGCACAGCAGACAAGGGAGAGGGGGAGAGAGGGUGAAGGGCCACGAGAGGGGACACGGGGCGCCCCGGAAAGCGAGACAAAGCGAGGAGAAUAG